UCCUUCACUGAAGUCGCGGCCAUUGAUCAUCUAUCUCACAGGUCAUCAGCAGACGGGAAAGGACUCAGUGGCAGACUACGUAGACUGAAGCUUUUACGGCGCCUAACCUGUAGUUAUGCCUCUCCGGGUUGUCAUGCAGGGUCCUGGACCCUGGGGAUUCAGGCUGGUCGGGGGAAAAGAUUUCGAGCAACCGCUGACUAUUUCCCGGGUGACCCCUGGAAGUACAGCAGCCCAAGCAAACCUGUGUAUUGGCGACACGAUCUUAGCUAUUGAUGGCGAAAGCACGGACAACAUGACUCACUUGGAAGCACAGAACAAAAUCAAAGGCUGCAUAGAAGAGAUGGUGCUUUCAAUAGACAGAUCAGAAAAUAAGUUGUGGUCGCCGUUGUCAUCAGAAGAAGGGAAGUCACAUCCCUACAAGAUGAAUCUUGCGUCUGAGCCACGGGAGAUGAAACAAAUAGGCUCCGCCCACAACAGGAGUGCCCUGCCCUUCUCUGGUUUUGGUCCCAAGGUUGUGACCAACCAGUACAACAACCCAGCUGGCCUCUACUCCUCAGAGAACAUCAAGAACUUCAACUCGGCUGUGGACGAAGUUAAAACCGUGGCUACCACCAGCGAACCUGACAAUGUAGUUGCAUCAGAGACAGCAAAAGCCACCAAGCGGCCGCCCAUAGCAGCUGAUUCCGAGGUAUAUAAAAUGCUGCAAGAGAACCAAGACGCUGAUGAGCCACCUCGACAGUCUGCUUCAUUCAGGGUGCUUCAGGAGAGUCUUGAGACAGGUAACCCUGACAAACCAUCAGGGUUCAGGAGUGUCAAAGCACCGUCAAGUAGAAUUGGAUCCUCAAUUGGAAGUGCAGAGAAGCUGCCUGUCUGUGAUAAAUGUGGGUCAGGGAUUGUCGGGAAGUUGGUGAAGCUGCGUGACAAGUUCCGGCACCCUGACUGUUUCACUUGCACCGACUGCGACAUCAACCUGAAACAGAAGGGACAUUUCUUUGUGGAGGAGCAGAUUUACUGCGAGAAGCACGCACGCGAGAGAAUGACCCCGCCUGAAGGCUACGACGUGGUCACCGUCUUCCCCAAAUAAAGCUUCUCCAACCAAGCCUUGGACUGCACACAGUUAAAGGACAAGCGGGCACAAUCCCACACUUGGCUUCUCUUUUUUUCCUUUGCGCUCUUCUGUGCGGGCCACUGGCACUGGACACGAUGUUUAUUUGCACAUGUGAACUUUGAUCUCCACAAUAGGAAAAGCAUUUGUUUAUAUUCCAGCCAUGUUGUGCCACUGGGUGCAGUAUUCAUGAGAAAAGAACCACUCACUGUCUUUGAUGGGUAUAUGUUGAUGAUACUCUUUUUAAACCUGGGAACAAGGGACGCUCUUUUACCCACAAAACCAUUUUCUACCGUUUUUAUUCAAUAGACCAAUAUAUUCCAAAAACACGCCAAAUAAAUAUUUGUUUAAAUCA